UAAUUGAUAGAAAGAAACAAUUUUGAACUUGCAAGCUCGUUUCCGACUCAAUCAACCGAUCACUGAGAGGCUGCACGUCCAUGGCAACCGACUUCAAAUCAAUCCCAAUUAUAGAUAUUAGUCCAUUAGUGGCAAAGUGUGAUGAUCCGAAGAGAGUUCAAGACCCAGAUGUUCUUGAAGUUGUUGGACAAUUAGACCAGGCUUGUAGAGAAGCUGGAUUCUUCUAUGUGAAGGGACAUGGUAUACCCGAUUCCCUCAUUAAAGAUGUUAAGAAUGUGACACGCAAAUUUUUUGAUCUUCCCUAUGAAGAAAAGUUGAAAAUCAAGUUGAGUGCUGUUGCUGGAUACAGGGGAUAUCAGAGGAUCGGAGAAAACAUAACCAAAGGCAUUCCUGAUAUGCAUGAAGCCAUCGAUUGUUAUAGAGAGAUAACACCAGGGAUGUAUGGAGCGCUUGGCAAGAUCAUUGAAGGAGUUAAUCAAUGGCCACAUGAUCCACCUUAUUUCAGAGUACUGAUGGAGGAAUAUAUCAGCUUUUGCACAGGCAUGCACUUCAAGGAUUCUUUCUCUUUAUUAUCACACUUUGUCCAGUAUGAAACUCUGUUUUUCUGUGCACUGAUAGACUUGUCAAGAAAAAUUAUGCGGGGAAUUGCUCUGGCAUUGGGUGGAUCAGCUGAUGAAUUUGAAGGUGAAAGAGCUGGAGAUGCAUUUUGGGUGUUGCGUGUCAUUGGUUAUCCAGUUGUUUCCAAUACAAAUGGCCAAAAUGCACCUGAAAACGACAUAGGAUGUGGAGCUCACACAGACUAUGGUUUGGUGACAUUGGUCAAUCAGGAUGAUGGUAUCACCGCACUUCAGGUGAGAAACCUGUCUGGCGAGUGGAUAUCUGCCCCUCCAAUCCCGGGAACAUUUGUAUGCAACAUUGGAGAUAUGCUGAAGAUUUGGUCUAAUGGUAUGUAUGAUUCCACUUUGCACCGAGUUAUCAACACUUCUCCAAAAUAUCGGGUCUGCGUAGCUUAUUUCUACGAGCCCAACUUUGAUGCUGCAGUGGAGCCUUUAGAUAUUUGUAAGGAGAAGACUGGAGGUAUUAAGAAGUUUGGAAAAGCCGUUUAUGGAGAGCAUUUAGCAAGCAAACUUGAAACCAAUUUUGUUUGAGCUCUAGAUCUUGUUAUUUUCUUGUUUUUGCUAUCGAAUAAUCUCAAGUUUCCGCAACAAGGUUUACUUUGGAUGAAAAAAAAAAAAACAAGAAGAAAAAAAGAAGAAAAUACAGUACGCAAAUGUUGCAAUCUCAACAUUGAAAGCAAUCUCUCAGUUUUUACCCUAUUGAUUUCGUAGGAAUUUCAUCCCAGUGAAAGUCUACUCUCAACAAUGUGGCACUACAAAGUAACCUCUCUCUGUUUUUUCUAAUGGAUGGAAUGUGGAUGCAAAAUUUUAUUGUUUAUUUUAUUCAAGAUAUUGUUUUGUUCCCAACUAUAUUUGGAAAUAGUUGAAAACUUAAUUA